GGUUGCGGGAGCGUCGUCGAUCGUCCCAUGCAGAGCUCAUUCAACCUCCGGCCUGUUCUGCACUAAUUAUACGCACAUCUCGCAUUUGUGCGAGUCUCUCGUUGUGUAACCUUUGUAUAGUCGAACGAGUCGAAUUGGGCACGAUGGGGGUGUGCGUGCGCGUAAUAAUGCGCGCGAGCAAAAGGUUCCAGGCGAAGAUCGAGAUCGCCAAACUGGGGGAGAUGGCAAGGAAGAAAAACACACAUCCACCUCCUCUUUUCGUCUUCUCCUCUCAAAGAGAGGUGAGGAGACGAUCGUCGGAAAAGAGCGACGAGUGAUGAUGACCACCAACGAACGUUAAUCCCCCCUUUCUGCCACGAGCCUUUCUUGGCGCCUUGACACUAACACCGUUGUUUUUUUGUUCCCGUUUGUUUAUAUAUACACGCGGUCUGGCCGCAUAGCGCGAGACGUACAAGCUGGAGGCGAUGGCGAAAGACAGGGGCUACCCACCCUUGUCGCGAACGGUGGAGGUACAGAUUGACGUUGUGGACCGUGCGAAUAAUCCGCCCGUAUGGGACUACGUAGUGUACGGCCCGAUCUACAUUAAAGAGAACAUGGCCGUCGGGGCUAAAGUUGUGUCUAUUAAAGCCAGCUCUGGAAUCGACAAUAAUCCGACGGUCUUUUACCACUUAAUGCCCGGUUCCACGGCUCAGACGAACAAGUUUCAUACGUUUUACCUUCAGCAACGCCCUGACCAAUCGUCAACUUGGGCUGACAUUAAGGUCAACCACCCGCUGGACUAUGAGAGCAUAAAAGAAUACAAUCUCACCAUACGAGUGGAGAAUAAUGGAGCUCAGCAGCUCGCUUCCGAAGCGACCGUGUACAUCAUGCUGGAGGAUGUUAACGACGAGAUACCGCUGUUCACCGAACGAGAACAGGAAACCGUACUUGAGGGUGAACCGGUGGGCAGCAAAGUCACCCAGGUGAACGCGAUCGACAAGGAUGGGACAUUCCCCAAUAAUCAGGUCACAUAUUACGUGGUGGAGAGCGACAGGAACGAGGGCAAGGAUUACUUCGAGAUCAACAGGGAGACCGGCGAGAUCUUCACAAAAGUAAUGUUCGAUCGCGAAAAGCAGGGCGCAUACGCCCUCGAGGUGGAGGCCAGAGAUGGAGCACCAUCCGCGCGACCCAACGGCAACGGUCAUCCUAAUUCAGUAACGAAAUUCAUCCGCAUCGGGAUAGCCGACAAGAACGAUAAUCCCCCAUACUUCGACAAGGGCCUCUACGAGGCUGAAGUAGACGAAAAUGAGGACAUUCAGCACACGGUACUCACCGUCACCGCCAAAGAUCACGACGAGUCCUCGCGUAUUCGAUACGAGAUCACGAGCGGGAACAUAGGCGGCGCAUUCGCCGUGAAAAACAUGACCGGCGCCAUUUACGUCGCGGGUGCGUUGGACUAUGAGACGAGGAAGAGGUACGAGCUUCGGCUUACUGCCUCGGAUAACUUGAAGGAGAAUUACACGACGGUUGUAAUUCACGUGAAGGACGUAAACGACAACCCGCCCGUCUUCGAGCGACCAAAUUACAGAACACAAAUUACCGAGGAAGACGACAGGACUCUGCCGAAACGCGUACUCGGGGUAACUGCGACUGACGGCGAUAAGGACAGACCGCAGAACAUUGUCUACUUCCUAACCGGGCAAGGUAUCGAUCCCGAUAAUCCUGCUAACAGCAAGUUCGAUAUUAAUCGCACCACUGGAGAAAUCUUUGUUCUGAAGCCGCUUGACAGAGAUCAACCGAAUGGUCGACCGCAGUGGCGAUUCACCGUGUUUGCUCAAGACGAGGGUGGAGAAGGUCUCGUGGGUUAUGCCGAUGUUCAAGUUAAUCUCAAGGACAUCAAUGACAACGCUCCAAUAUUCCCGCAAGGGGUCUACUUCGGCAACGUCACUGAGAACGGCACCGCAGGAAUGGUUGUGAUGACGAUGACAGCCGUGGAUUACGAUGAUCCAAGCGAAGGCACGAAUGCAAGGUUGAUUUAUUCUAUCGAGAAGAAUGUCAUUGAGGAAGAGACUGGCUCGCCCAUUUUUGAGAUUGAACCGGACACUGGUGUAAUCAAGACCGCGGUAUGCUGCUUGGACAGAGAACGCACACCGGAUUAUUCUAUACAAGUCGUUGCAAUGGAUGGAGGGGGGUUAAAAGGUACCGGGACGGCAUCGAUACGGGUAAAAGAUAUAAACGAUAUGCCACCGGCAUUUACGAAAGAGGAGUGGUUUACCGAGGUGGACGAGACGGAAGGGCCAGAUCUUCCUGAAAUGCCGAUACUCACUGUUACCGUUCACGAUGAAGACGAAACCAAUAAAUUCCAGUACAAGGUAAUCGAAAACAGCGGCUAUGGCGCCGAUAAAUUCACCAUGGUACGAAAUAACGAUGGCACAGGAUCGUUGAAAAUUGUACAAUCGUUGGACUAUGAGGACCAACUGCAAAGUAACGGCUUUAGAUUUAGGAUACAAGUGAAUGAUAAGGGCGAAGACAACGAUAAUGAUAAAUACCACGUGGCUUAUUCAUGGGUAGUUGUGAAAUUGCGAGAUAUUAACGAUAAUCAACCGCAAUUCGAGAAAGCCAAUAUUGAGACUACCGUUCCGGAGAAUGCUCGCAUAGGUAGUAGCUUGGAAACGUUCAAGGCUACUGAUCCGGACCAAGGUGGAAAGAGCAAAGUCUCCUAUUCUAUCGACAGAAGUUCGGAUCGAAAGAGGCAAUUCUUCAUCAAUGAAAAUGGCACGGUGUCGAUACAAAGAAGUCUUGAUCGCGAAGAAACUCCUCGACAUCAGGUUAAAAUUUUGGCAAUUGAUGAUGGAAUACCACCUAAGACCGCAACAGCCACCUUGACAGUCGUUGUACAAGACAUUAAUGACAAUCCGCCGAGAUUCCUUAAGGAUUAUCGACCAGUUUUACCGGAAUAUGCACAAACGAAAAAGGUCGUCGAGAUUCUCGCUACCGAUGACGAUGACCGAUCGAGGAGUAAUGGCCCUCCAUUCACCUUUAGGAUGGAUCCUAAUGCAAACGAUGUUAUCAGAGCUAGCUUCAAAGUUGAAAGCGAUAACAAGGGUGCCAACGGAGAUGGAAUGGCUGUAGUAUCAUCCUUGCGAUCCUUUGACAGGGAACAACAGAAGGAGUUUUUAAUCCCCAUCGUUAUCAAAGAUUCUGGAAAUCCUUCCAUGUCCGGGACCAGCACCUUGACGGUUAUCAUAGGAGAUGUUAAUGAUAAUAAAAUGCAGCCUGGUUCCAAGGAAAUCUUUGUAUAUAAUUACGCUGGACAAUCGCCGGAUACUGAAAUAGGUAGGGUUUAUGUGUACGAUUUGGACGACUGGGAUUUGCCGGAUAAGAAAUUUUAUUGGGAGGGAUUGGAACACGCACAAUUUAGACUCGACGAGGAUACAGGAAUGAUUUACAUGAAGUCCGGUACGCACGACGGAAAAUAUCAUCUACGAUUUAAGGUCUACGAUCGGAAACAUACGCAAACAGAUGUACCUGCAAACGUAACUGUCACUGUGAAGAGUAUUCCACACGAAGCAGUAUUAAACUCCGGUUCGGUUCGAAUAUCCGGGAUAACGGAUGAGGACUUUAUUCGUGUCUGGAAUUAUCAGAAUCAAACUCUGUCGCGGAGCAAAGCGGAUCUAUUUAGGGAUAAGCUGUCGCAUCUGUUGAACAUUGACAGGGAUAACGUAGAUGUAUUUAGCGUCCAAUUAAGAAGAGUACAUCCACCAUUAACAGAUGUUAGAUUUGCUGCACAUGGUUCGUUGUACUAUAAACCAGUUAGGCUUAAUGGCAUUGUGCUUAUGCAUCGUGAAGAGAUCGAGAAAGACGUGGGUAUCAACAUAACUAUGGUCGGCAUCGACGAAUGUUAUUAUGAGAACGAAAUGUGUGAAGGAAGUUGUACGAACACCCUUGACAUCAGCAACCUGCCGUACAUGGUGAACGCAAACAGGACUGCCCUUGUCGGCGUACGCGUGGACGUGAUAGCCGAGUGUACUUGCGGAGCGCGAAACUUCAGUAAAGGAGAGUCCUGUAGGAAUAGUCCUUGUUACAAUGGCGGACGCUGCGUGGAAGAUCGGUUUGGAUUGUCGUGUCAAUGUCCAUCUGGCUACAAUGGUCCGAGAUGUCAACAAACGGCGAGAAGUUUUCGAGGCAACGGUUGGGCAUGGUAUCCCGCUUUAGAGAUGUGCGAUAACAGUCACUUGAGCUUUGAAUUUAUUACGAGAAAGUCCGAUGGAUUAUUAUUGUACAAUGGUCCAAUCGUUCCGCCUGAAGUCGACGAAGUAAUGGUUUCUGAUUUUAUUUCGGUCGAAUUGGAACGCGGUAUACCGAGGCUGCUGAUCGAUUUUGGAUCCGGCACUUUGGAAUUGAAGGUGAAACCAAAGAAAACCUUGGAUGACGGCGAAUGGCACCGACUUGAUAUUUUCUGGAAUACAGAGACCGUAAAACUCAUCAUCGAUUACUGCAAAUCCGCGGAUAUAUCCGAAUUAGAGGACGGGAGUCCACCAGAGUUCAAUGACACCAGUUGUCAGGCCACGGGAACAGUACCGCCGUUCAAUGAAUAUCUAAACGUGAACGCGCCAUUGCAGAUCGGCGGUCUUUAUGUGGAGCAAUUUGAUCCACAGCACUAUAAAUGGAAACAUAUGCCGGUUGGCAAGGGCUUUGACGGCUGCAUUAAGAACCUCUUCCACAAUAGCAAGCUGUACGAUCUCGCUCAUCCGGGUCUGUCGCGAAAUAGCGUCGCUGGUUGCAUCCAGACAGACGAGGUCUGCAAUAAUCAAGAAACGACGUUCCGCUGUUGGGAGCAUGGCACUUGUGUGGGCAGUUAUACCGAGGCGAGAUGCCAGUGCAAUCCUGGCUGGACCGGUCCAGGAUGCAUGACGCCGACGAUUCCGACCACCUUCAAGCCACAGAGCUACGUCAAAUACGCAUUGUCUUUCGAACCGGACAAAUAUUCUACUCAGGUGCAACUCAGAUUCCGUACUCGCGAAAUUCACGGUGAACUCUUCAGAGUGAGCGAUCAGCACAACAGGGAAUACGCCAUUUUGGAAAUUAAAGACAGCAGACUGCACUUCAGAUAUAAUCUGAACAGUCUUAGAACAGAAGAGCGAGAUAUCUGGCUCUCGGCGAUAGCCGUUGAUGAUGGACAAUGGCAUACAGUCAGAGUAUCCAGAUACGGAUCUGCAGCGACUCUAGAACUCGACGGUGGCGAAGGACGAAGAUUCAACGAGACCUUCUCCUUCGAAGGUCAUCAAUGGCUUCUGGUAGACAAGCAAGAAGGUGUUUAUGCCGGUGGCAAGGCGGAAUAUACUGGCGUUCGUACAUUUGAAGUUUACGCAGACUAUCAAAAAGGUUGCUUGGACGAUAUAAGAUUAGAAGGAAAACAUCUUCCACUACCUCCCGCCAUGAACGGUACUCAAUGGGGUCAAGCAACGAUGGCGCGAAACUUGGAAAGGAAUUGUCCAUCGAAUAAACCGUGCGCCAACGUCAUUUGCCAAGAUCCUUUCGAGUGUAUCGAUCUUUGGAACGAAUACGACUGCACUUGCGGAGAAGGAAGGAUUCCGUCACCGGAUAACAAAGGAUGCAUGGAUAAAAAUGAAUGCAUCGAUUACCCCUGCCUGAAUGGUGGCAGAUGCAUCAAUCAAGAUCCUCGAUACCGAUAUCGAUGCAUCUGUCCUGAUGGUUUCUGGGGCGAGAACUGCGAACUGGUGCAAGAAGGCCAAACUCUCAAGCUCAGUAUGGGCGCGCUGGCAGCUAUUCUUGUCUGUCUUUUGAUUAUUCUUGUUCUCGUGUUGGUAUUCGUCGUUUACAACAGAAGACGAGAAGCUCACAUAAAAUAUCCUGGUCCAGACGAUGACGUGAGAGAGAAUAUUAUCAACUAUGAUGACGAGGGUGGCGGAGAGGAUGAUAUGACCGCGUUCGAUAUCACGCCCCUGCAGAUUCCGAUUGGUGGCCCGAUACCGGAAAUGGGCGGCAAGAUACCUCCGUGUAAAGUAGCAUAUCCACUUGGACCGGAGCCGAAUGUCGGUAUCUUUAUCGAGGAUCAUAAGAAGAGGGCUGAUAGCGAUCCGAACGCACCGCCUUUUGACGAUUUGCGGAAUUACGCUUACGAAGGCGGCGGAAGCACCGCGGGUUCUCUAGAAUCAUUAGCCUCUGGUACAGAUGACGAGCAACACGAGUAUGAAUAUUUAGGCGCCUGGGGUCCGAGAUUCGACAAACUGGCCGAUAUGUAUGGUCCUGCGGAGGAGAGUGAAGAAGAGGACUAAAUUAGCAUCCAAAAGCCGAGUCUCUACAUUACACUACAUCGAGUCACGCGAUUCAUAUCAUCCGAAUAAGUGCUCAUGCGAUUUUGAUCAAGGCGACCUGAUCUGUCACGUCGGAUGGCCAGGGAUCUAUCACGAACAUUUGAAGGAUCCCGAAGGAUACACGCGUCCUUCGUCGAGAGUGAUAAAUAAAUCCUCGACAAACGAGAAACGGCAACAUUCUCAUAGCUGUGCGGUUAGUGAAAGUACUAUGACAUGCGACGUUAAACAUUACGUCAUCUGUCAUGUCAUCCGCGGUGCGUGCACAAAAACACACACAACACAUGCACAUACCAUACAUACUCGGGAUCGAAAACGAAGGUUGCAAUAAUGCUGGGAUGAUUAAUGGUAGAGAUGGUUAAUGAAAAGGCGGAGAGAAAAAGGUCGCAGCAUACCUAUCUGUAUAGUACGUUAUGUAACGUAAAACGUAGUGAAAUAUCCAAAGAUACGCGACGAGACUUUUUCUAACAGACUUCCCCUACUCCUCAUUGCAUCAAUUCCUCGCUCAUCGGUUAUCAUCGGGGUAAAUUACUCCCUCGCGUGCGUACACUUAUAUAUACAUAUAUACGUGUAGGUGUUUAUCGCGUUGUUGUCAUCAGUGUUGGAUCUUAGAUCAGCGUGUCGUUCUCGCGCAACGGGAUCGUUUACUUAUUUAUUUAUCGUCGCGAUUUGGACGAACGCGUUAAAUGUGUUGUAACGGCGUUAAUCAAGGGCAUUCUCACACACAUACACAUGCAUACAUACAUAUAGACAGAGACACAUGCACACAUUAACACGAUAUCGUUCUCUUGGCGUGUUAUGAUUCGUCAACGCGGCUACCGUCGCGUAAAUUUUUCGUUUCUUUGUUCUUCUGCACGAGUCCCACAGGACGUAUCCUCGAUGAGUACAUUUCAUUGUCCUGAACAUGGAGGAAUUUUAAAAGCAGUGCACUCUCGUUCGUAACGGACGAUCCUACCGUAGAUAGUCUGCUAUAAUAGGAAUUAACGUUAAGAUAUCAUUAGUUGUCGCGACAUCGGCUCAUUGUCGUCAUCGUCAUCGUCAUCGCCAUCCUCAUUAGUGAUAGUAUUAUAUACUAUUAAAUAUUAUAAUAUAUAUUAUAAAUAUUUAUAUAUAUAGAGAAAGAGAAGGACGCACGACGAAGCGGAAAAAAGAGAAUGAUUCACGAGAAAGUUCAAGAAAAGAGGGAAAAGGAACUCGCGUUGACAGAGAGAAAGCACGAGUUUACCGUGCGCGUAAUGUAAUUAUUAUAAUUUUAAUAUAGCGGACAUAAAAAGUCUAAGUAUAAAUACAAAUAUAUAUAAAUAUAUAUAAAUAUAAAUAUAAAUACAAAUAUAUAUUAUACAUACAGACAGAGGACACGUACGAACAUACAGACAACACGAGAAAUGAGAUGAUACGCAUCCACUAAACUAUGCUCACGUUGAUAUAUCUCGAAAUAGUUUUAAUAUUUAUUUUACGUCAUCGAAGAGAGGGGAAAUAUAAGAGAAUUCGGAGCGCGAAAGAACACGGCACGACGAGUUAUAUGAGAUACGCGUGCAUGAGGAGGGAGCUAAGAGCGGAGGGAGAAAGAAAUGUGGUAGGAUUUUGGAUUCUAGUCAUCCCGAAUGUAUCGACGUUGCAUCGUUUCAAUGUAGUCUGGAUUUCCUAAACAUUUUCCCGCAUUUGGACCUUAUAUGAGGAAUGAUUUCCUGAAAAAUAACAUUUGUAUAUUAAAACUAUAAAGAUUCUAUCUAAAAUUCACCAGAGUUUCUAUGAAUAUUCGAUAAAUUGCUGAAAAUUCUCUUUUGUUUUUACUUAAGAAACUGUGUGAUUUAAAAAAAAAGAUAAAAAUCAAUAUAUGAAAAAAAUAGAGGAAAAAAACUAUUGUCAAUACGAUUUUUAAAUCAGAUCAAAUGCGCACUAAUUUGUGAAUUAAGAAGAACUUCGGAUUUUUUAUCUCGACAAAAUUAGAAGAAUCGAUUGUGUAUGCGCCGAGAAUAAAAGUGAACAAUCGACCUAAGAAAAAGAUUCCUAACACGAGGCAAGCCUCGACGCAAAGUCCUCGUGCACGCUCGAUUGUGUCGUCGCGCCUUUCGCGGAAAGGACUUUCCACGCACCGAGCCCCGACUGAAACCUGUAAAAUUCUCAACGGGAAUUAUUAAUAGUCAAUUUACCAGUUAGAGAGAGAUGGCGUUAUAAAGAUGUACGUCGUAAGCACUUGUACGAAUAUUGUAAUUAACAUGUGUAUGAGUGUGCCGGCGCGCGCAGUAUUCUGCGUCACUGCGCAACGCUGUAUAACUGUCCUACCAAUGAUCGUGUUUGCGUAUAGUUUCUCAACGAAUUUGUGAUAUUAAGUUGCGUAUAUUUACCUAUCUAAACACACGUCCCGCGUACAAUCGUUGCUCCCGAGGACUGCGAGCACCGAGCUCUGACGAGUACCCAACGAAGCAAAAGAGAAUUUUUCUAAACAUUUAUAAUGUUUGAGUAUCCAGUAACCAGUUUCAAGGGCAACUAUAAAUAAUAGUUGCUGCAAUUUCCAAUUUCUUUGUUCCUAAAUUGAGCAGUAGAUUACGUAAAGAUUAAUGUAUGACUUAAUGUGAUAGCAUUUUGAUAUAGAAAUAGAUUUUUUUCGAACUACAACGAAUGUCCGACGUAAGUUUAUCACUGAAUUAUGAUACGGCAAUAAUCCUAGCGAGCAAUAAGUUCACUAGCAAUAGAUGCAAUUUUAGUUUCACGUGUUUAAUCGUUGUUUGUCAUCUUGAGCUUGUGUUUAUAAUAAAAUUUGAUUGCAUAAAUCUUGCGUAGAAAAAAGAAAGAUAUAUUUUAUGCUACAAAAUUGACAAUAAGGUUUAUUUAUACUUAUUUUUUGGGAGCUUUAAAGAAAUCGCCGAAAAUCUUUCCACAUAUUAAAUUUUAAUUAGUUAUAAUCGUACACAUUUUAUGACUUUUGUAUAUAUACGAUGUUUAUUAUUUAAAGAACUGUCAUGAUCUCUCGGUGCCCGCACGCCCGAUUUAUUGAAGCCCACCGUUCAUCCUAGAUCCUUUAGUCUAUCCAUUCUUUGUCAUGUGCUCGAUCCCGUAAAGUAGAUUCUAAGCAGAGACAGUAUUUAAAUGGGGAUUAUUAUUGAAGGACGAAAGAAUUAUCGUUGAGUAACUGUAUUGAGUAGCGCGCAAGUGCGUGUUGCGUGUGUGCAGUGGCAAAAAGAAAAAAAAAAGGAAAGACAACCUGAUUAUACGAGUGAACACAUCGAUGAUAUGCGAUCGAUCGCUCGUUUGAUUCGAGGAUCAAGAAAGAGGCAAAAAUUCUGAUCCUUUUAUUUUAAACAUAUUAUCCAAAAUAAUAAGUCUCAAUCUAAUAUAAAAAAAAAAAAAAAAUGAUCGUUAAAUGUCAAUUUCGAUAUCUGGAGUGAAUUGUUCUAAACAGAUUUCACAUAACAAAAUUUUCGUAUUAACUGAUAUAGUAGUUAAUUUCGCACACCCCGAAACAUCCUUUUCGUUUUACGCAAAAACUUGUGAUAGCGAUUAAUUGCGUGUCUAUGCGUCGACGAGACUCGAAGUCUCCUCCGUUCGCUCGACCCGUACACCUCGAGAAUUUUGCGUAAAAGCUUCGCGAAGGACUAUAGCAAGCGCUUAGCGAGAGACGAUAGCAAGAGAUGGAAUAUAAAGUUUCAAAGGUUGAAGGAAUGCAGAGAUUGAAACCGGUAUACCAAUAAAUAUAUAUGAGAUAUCUUAAAGACAUUUAAAAUACACGCCUUUGAAAGAUUAA